UACACGGCAGUCGCCUGACUUGUGUUGUUUUUUUUUUUUGUUUUUUCUCGACAAUGGUGAAGGUCCACGUGGAGCAGGGCUGGCUAGAGGGGGAGGAACUGCCUCUGGUGACUGCAGAUGGCCGCUACUACAGCUUCAAGGGAAUUCCCUACGCGAAACCGCCCUUAGGGGAACUUAGGUUCACAGCUCCAGCGCCACCGAGCAGCUGGGAAGGCGUGAGGAAAGCCACAUCCCACGGCAAAGUAUGCCCACAAUAUGACAUCUUCUCCGGCUCCCUCAUGGACGGCAGCGAGGACUGUCUAUACCUGAACGUGUACACACCAAAUGUGGCUCCAAAAACCCCCCUACCUGUAAUGGUAUUCAUCCACGGAGGAGGCUACAAAUCUGGAUCAGGAAAUGAUGACUACUACGGUCCCGAUUUUCUUGUCAAGGAGAACGUUGUUCUCGUCACGAUCAACUACAGGUUAGAGGCCCUGGGAUUCCUCUGUUUGGACAUAUCAGAGGCACCAGGCAAUGCGGGCAUGAAAGACCAGGUGGCAGCAUUGCGAUGGGUCCAGAAGAAUAUUGCCAGCUUCGGUGGUGAUCCUAGCACUGUGACCAUAUUCGGAGAAAGCGCGGGUGGGGCUUCCACUGGCUAUCACGUUUUAUCACCUAUGUCUAAGAAUUUGUUCAAGAGAGCCAUUCUUAUGAGUGGAGUACCUAUAUGUGAUUGGAGUCUAAAUUAUAAUCCUCAGAGGAGAGCGAUUACUCUAGCCAAGCAACUGGGAUGUGAGUCGGAGGACCCACACGAAGUUUUGAAGUUUCUUCAGUCCGUACCGGUCGAUAAGCUCGUCCACACGAACCCCUGCAUUACCAAAUCUGAGGUAAUUCUGAACAAUCCCUUUAAAAUGUAUCACUUUACGCCCGUCGUAGAAAAAAAUUUGGGUCAGGAGGCCUUUCUACUCGAGGAACCGUUAAAGCUUCUAAUGCGAAAAGAUAUUAAUGAAGUAGACGCGAUGUUAGGCUACACCAAUGAGGAAGCACUCGUGGGAUUGACAGUCCUCAAGGAAAAAAUGGGCGAGGAUUACGAAAAGUACCCAGACAUGUUCGUGCCCAAACGUAUUUUAUACAAGAAGCCCCUGACAACAAUAAUGCCGAUAGCGGAAAUGAUAAUCCAACAUUACUUCGGAAAGAAAACUUUCCACCGAAAAGAAAAUAUGAGGAACUUUAUAAAAUAUGCAACGGAUAUGACGUUUAUACACUUCGUUCACAAAUUUAUCGAUCUGAUGAGCAGGACUCAGAAAGGGAAGUACUAUCUGUACAAUAUCUCCGUAUUCAGCGAAAGGAACGUCUUCGGCAAUCAUAAGGAGACCAUUGGUAUGACUGGCACAGCGCAUUUAGAUGAUUUGCUGUACUUGUUCAAUCCGAAACUCCUAAAUCUACCCAUCAACAAGGAGGGCAAGAGCUACAAAAUGAUCAGACAAACCUGUGCUUUGUUUGCCAACUUCGCUAAGUACGGCAACCCGACCCCUGACUCAUCGCUGGGCGUAACCUGGCUACCAUACGACGAGAACAGCAAGAAGCAGCUGGACAUUGGCGAGGAGCUGGUCCUGAACGACCACGUCAAUCUUGAUACUGUGAAGUUCUGGGACCACAUAUAUGAGAUCGCUGGAGUCUCGUGCUUCGAAUAUGUUUAGAUAUUUGUGAUGGUUAUGUUGGCAACACCCAAAAGUCGAUAUUCGGCGACCGCUGAUUGGCGCGUUUUUGCUGUACCUACAGGUGCCAUGCCGAGUCGGGGCGCCACUGUACUUACUACUACUUAAUAAAACGGACGUACUUGCUGGCUA